ACAUUGCAAAUGGGUUCAAACUUCAAAGUUCAAACAUAGCAGCCAUGGAUUCACCUUCUUCUUUGCACAUAGCAAUGUUUCCAUGGUUUGCAAUGGGUCACCUAACACCAUAUCUUCACCUCUCAAACAAAUUAGCAAAAAGAGGACACAAAAUCUCUUUCUUCAUUCCCAAGAAAACACAAGCCAAGCUAGAACAAUUCAACCUUUAUCCAAAUCUAAUCACAUUUUAUCCUCUAAAUGUUCCUCACAUUGAAGGCCUUCCUUUUGGUGCUGAAACAACUUCAGAUGUUUCUCUUUCUUUAGGUCCACUCAUCAUGACAGCUAUGGAUCAAACACAUCCCCAAAUUGAACUUCUACUCACUCAAUUAAACCCUAAAAUUGUUUUCUUUGAUUUCACCUAUUGGCUACCAAAAAUUGCUCAAAAUUUAGGAAUAAAAUCUUUUCUAUAUUUAAUUGUUAGUCCAGCAACAGUUUCAUAUACUUUAUCUCCAUCAAGGAUGUAUAAAGGUGUAAACUUGACUGAAUUUGAUCUUAUGAAACCCCCAAAAGGGUACCCUAAUUCAUCCUUUAUUAAUCUUUAUUCUCAUGAAGCAAAGUAUCUUGCUUUAAAAAGGAAUUUUGAAUUUGGAAGUGGGGUUCUUUUCUAUGAUAGGAUUUUUAAUUGUUUGAGAUUUUGUGAUGCAAUUGGGUUCAAAGGGUGUAGAGAAAUUGAAGGGCCUUAUGUUGAUUACUUAGAACAAGAAUUUGGUAAACCUGUUAUUCUUUCAGGACCUGUUUUACCUGAAAAACCGAAAACUGUUUUAGAUGAAAAAUGGGGUUCUUGGCUUGAUGGAUUUAAGGAUGAUUCUAUAGUUUAUUGUGCACUUGGAAGUGAAUGGAAAUUAUCACAAGUUCAGUUUCAUGAAUUGCUGUUAGGACUUGAGUUAGCUGGUUUUCCAUUUUUAGCAAUUGUUAAACCUCCUAUUGGUUUUGAGACGAUCGAAGAUGCUUUGCCAGAAGGGUUUAAAGAAAGGGUUAAGGAGAAAGGGAUUGUUCAUAGUGGAUGGAUUCAGCAACAAUUGAUUUUGGAACAUUCGUCGGUUGGUUGUUUUUUAACUCAUUGUGGAGCCGGUUCGUUGACGGAAGGGUUGAUAAAUAAUUGUCAGAUAGUUUUGAUGCCACAUUUAGAUAGUGAUCAUAUCAUUAAUGCAAAGAUUAUGGGAAGGGAGUUGAAGGUUGGAGUUGAAGUGAAGAAGGGUGAAGAAGAUGGAUUGUUCACAAAGAAAAGUAUUUGUGAAGCUGUGAAAAUUGUUAUGGAUGAUGAGAAUGAGACUGGUAGAGAAGUUAGGACUAAUCAUGAAAAAUUGAGGAACCUCUUAUUGAGUCAUGAUUUGGAGUCAUCCUGUGUUGAUGGUUUUUGUGAGAAGCUUCAACAAUUAGUCAGGUGAUUUUCUAAUUAGUAGAAAUUUUUCCAAUUAUAAUUUAUUGUUGUAUGAUUGUAUGGUUUCAAUAAAAAAUCUGUGUUUUGAUUGAUCUGAUUGGAUUCGUAUAAAAGUUAUGUGUAUUGAUAAGAUGUUAUAUGAUCCUAACUUUUGAAUAUAGGUAAAGGUUGAACUUGUAAGAGUUAUAUAUAUAUACACGCGCAUGAACACACAUUUUCAUUGAAGAUUACACGGUCAAACACUUACCACUGAGCUAACAUUUCAUGAACAAUUGAUAGAGCAUACUUAUUUAUAAUCAAACUGAAUUAGAAAGAUGCAUUAUCAUUGUAACUGAAAAUUGUAGAG